CUUUUAUUCUUAUUAUUAUUUAAUCCCUAUUUAUUCUUUUUUUUUUUAUUUUUUUUCUAUCAAUACAUUAAAAACUUACACAAUACUAUAAUCUAUUUCAUUCAUUUAUACAAUGGGAUUCAAGUUACCAUUCCGUUAUAAUAGUCCUACUUUCCAAAUUUUUUUGGUUGGUUUUAUCUGUUUCUGUUGCCCUGGUAUGUUCAACGCAUUGUCUGGUAUGGGUGGUGGGGGCAAAUCAUCCACGGUCGCCGUCAAUAAUGCCCAAACAGCCUUAUCUGUCACUUUUACUGUAUGUUCUUUACUUGGUGCUCCUAUUUACAAUAUCUUUGGUCAUCGUGUCAUUAUUCCUGCUGCUCUUUGUUAUGUUCUCUAUGUUGGCUCUUUCUUAACAGAUAGUGAUGCAUUCACUAUUGUGGCUGGUGCUAUUCUCGGUAUUGGCGCUGGUUUCUUAUGGACUGCUCAAGCUGGUAUUAUGAUGUCUUAUCCUAAUGAAUCUGAAAAGGGUAAAGCUUUCUCUAUCUUUUGGAUGAUCUUCAAUUUAGGUGCUACUAUUGGUGCGGCCAUUCCUCUUGGUAACAAUUGGCAUAACACUACCACCAGCAAUGUCAACACGGGUACUUAUAUUGGUUUUAUGGUUUUGAUGGCUUUUGGUGCUUGUUUAGCUCUUCUUUUGACUCCUCCCAAUAAAGUCAUUCGUAAUGAUGGUACACAUGUCUCUUUGCAUAAAUUCUCCAACUGGAAACGUGAAUUCAUUGAAGUGCUCAAGCUAUUUACCAACUGGCGUAUGUUGAUCUUGAUUCCCUUGUUUGCUGGUUCCAAUUGGUUCUAUACCUAUCAAUUCCAAGUUUACAACGGUGGUGGUUAUUUCAAUUUACGUGCUCGUUCUCUCAACAACUUACUCUAUUGGCUCUUCCAAAUCAUCGGUGGUGGUUUCUUCGGUUGGUUGCUUGAUUUAAAGUCUUUGGGUGGUCGUCGUAGACGUGCCAUCACUGGUAAUACCAUCGUCCUUAUUACUGUGGUUGCUCUUUGGAUUGGUGCUAUCUUUGUUCAACGCAACUUUACCUUUGAAUCUGCUAGAGAUCUCCCCACUCCUCUCAAAACUGAUGUUUACUCUCCUGGUUAUGCAGGUAUGGCUAUCGAAUACGCUUUCUUCGGUUUUAUGGAUUCUAUUUAUCAAGGUUUUGUUUACUGGUUAAUGGGUACCAUGACAAAUGAUACUGAACGUGCUGCUCGUUAUGGUGGAUUCUACAAGACUAUUCAAAAUGCAUUUGCUGCCGUUGCUUCUCAAUUGGAUGCUACCAGAGUUCCCUUUAUGACUCAACUCAUCAUUGUCUUUGUUGUCAACGUCGUUGGUAUCCUGUUAGCCUAUGUGGUGUGCUUUACUGUUCCUGAUGUCACUGUCGAAGAAAUCGACAAUUUGCAACAUGGAGAAGGUGCUGAAGUCAUCAUUGGUGGUCGUCUUGAAGAUGAUGCUACUCCCACCAAAUUGGAACUCUCUGAAAAGGAAUACAUGUGAUUUUCAUCCCUUUCUCUACCUAGUUGAUCUAUCGUAGUUGUUUCUCUCUCUUUUGUUUGAUUAUGUUGUCUAUUCUUUUUGACUUGAUUAAAGAUUCCCCCUUUUCAUCAUUUUACUGUAGUUUUAUUAUUUACUUUAUUAUUAUUUACUUUAUUAUUAUUAUUAUUUAUUACCCUAGAAAAAGUUCUUUAUUUGUCAUUUUAGUUUUAAUUUUGAUAAUAAAUACAAUCAUUUGAUAAUUCU